CCCCACUCUUCAUGGAGCUGGAACAGGUGUUUAAGCCAGACUGAUACUGGGGAGAGGGAGAGAGAGAGAGUGAGAGAGAGAGAGAGAGAGAGAGAGAGAUGGGGAUUUUAAACAUCACACAGCAGACCCCGCUAGUCCAGGCGAUAUUCAGCCGAAAUGUAGAAGAGGUGAAGUUUUUAUUGCACAAGAAAGAAGAUGUCAAUGCACUGGACCAAGAUCUUCGUUCCCCUCUGCAUGCUGCUGCUUUUUUGGGUGACGUUCGCAUCAUGGACCUUCUCAUCAAGUCAGGUGCUCGUGUUAACGCCAAGGACCAAGCAGGUCUGACGCCGCUGCAUCGGGCCGCAGCUUCCAGGAACGACAGGGCGGUGGCGUUGCUGCUGAGUCAGGGGUCAGAGGUCGAGUCCAGGAGUCGGUUUGGCACUCAGACGCCACUUCACGUUGCUGCCUCUAACCGAGCGCUGAGGUGCGCUGAAGCUCUGCUGCCUCUCAUGAGCAGCGUGGAUGUCGCAGAUCGGAACGGAAGAACAGCUCUGCACCACGCGGCCUACAGCGGAGACACAGAGAUGGUGAGGUUGCUUCUGAACAAAGGUGCCGACCCGAGCGCGAGGGAUAAUAAGCAGCGAGGGCCUCUGCACUGGGCCGCUUACUUCGGAUAUUUGGAGAUCGUGAAGCUUUUGCUGUCCUGCAGUGCCGACGUGGCGUGCAGAGAUAAACAGGGUUACACACCUCUCCACGUAGCUGCUAUCAGCGGCCACAUCGACGUUGUCAAGCACCUGCUCCGCCUCGGCGCCGAGAUGGACGAGGUGAAUGCGUUUGGGAACACAUCUCUGCACAUGGCGUGUUAUAACGGUCAGGAGGCUGUGGCUAAUGAGCUAGUGAACCGCGGCGCUAACGUUAACCAGACUAAUGCCAGAGGCUUCACGCCACUUCACCUGGCCGCCGUGUCUACGAACGGAGCGCUGUGUCUCGAGCUGCUCGUCAACAACGGUGCCGAAGUCAACAUGCAGACUAAGGAGGGGACGAGCCCUUUGCACAUGGCCGCCGUUCACGGCCGCUUCACUCGAUCCCAAAUCCUUAUUCAAAAUGGUGGGGAUAUAGACUGUGUGGAUAAUUAUGGCAAUACUCCUCUUCACAUUGCUGCUAAGCACGGCCAUGAGCUGCUCAUCAGCACGCUGAUGACUAACGGUGCUGACACAGCCAGACAGGGGAUUCAUGGGAUGUUUCCGCUGCAUUUGGCCGUGCUCUACGGGUUUGCAGACUGCUGUCGAAAGUUGCUCUCCUCAGGCCAGCUGUACAGUAUUGUUUCGUCACUGAGUAAUGAACACGUUCUGUCUGCGGGGUUCGAUAUAAACAACCCGGACAGUCUGGGGAGGACCUGUUUACACGCUGCUGCCUCGGGAGGAAACGUGGAAUGUCUUAACUUGCUGUUGAGCAGCGGUGCUGACUUGACCAAGGCGGACAUAAUGGGAAGAACUCCGCUGCACUAUGCGGCAGCUAAUGGGACAUACCAGUGCACUGUAGCUUUAGUGAGCUCCGGAGCCAAGGUGAACGAGCUCGACCUGAACGGAUGCAGCCCUCUGCACUGCGCUGCUGCCUCACACACCUUCCGCAGAACUGAUGCUGACGAUCAUCAGAGUGACAUUCGAGAUAAAGAGGCUCUGCUAUGUUUGGAGUAUCUGCUGGAUAACGGAGCUGAUCCAGGACUCAGAGACACUAAAGGCUUCAGUCCAGUUCACUAUGCAGCCGCCUACGGCAACAAACACAACCUGGAACUGCUCUUAGAAAUGUCCUUUAACUGUGUCGGAGACGUGGAGAGCAGUUUCCCCGUCAGCCCUUUGCACUUAGCUGUGUGCAAUGGUCAGUGCGAAGCUGUGCAGCUCCUCUCGGAGACGUUAAUGUGUGUGGAUGUCCGGGAUGGCGCUGGACACACGCCUCUGUACCUGGCUGCUCGGAAAGGCUCCGUGUCUUCUGUGGAGGUUCUUCUGUCGCACGGAGCCUCGUGUUGCAUCCGAGAACACACCGGAAAACGGACACCGCUUCAUGUAGCAGCUGCCAGAGGACACACUGACUGUUUGUACGCGCUGUUGAGCCGAGCGGACAGAGAUGACCUCAUCGACCUCGCAGACGGACAGGGACAGACGGCUCUGAUCUUGGCUACACUGGGCGGUCACGUCGACUGCGUCCACAUGCUACUCGAGAGAGGAAGUAAACCCGACACAGGGGACAGACGCAGUCGCACUGCACUACACAGAGCGGCGGUGUUGGGCAGCUUGGAGUGUGCGUCGGCAUUGUUAGAUCAUUCAGCCUCCCCGCUGUGUCGGGACGUUCGGGGGCGGAGCUCUCUGCACUUUGCUGCCUCGUGUGGUCACACCAAGCUCCUGCAGCUCCUCCUCAUCGCCACGGCUCAGACCGACCCUCUGGACUCUUUACUGGACUACAGCAGAUACACACCUGCUCACUGGGCUGCUUACCACGGGCACAAGGACUGUUUGGAAAUUUUACUUGAAUAUAAACCAUUAAGUAUCCAGGAAGGGAAUUCCUUCACCCCUCUGCACUGUGCACUAAUGAAAGGCCAUGAUGCUGCUGCUGAGCUGCUGGUAAAAACAAUGGGCACCGAAAUCAUCAACCUCAGAGACGCCAAAGGAAGAACUACACUGCAUGCAGCUGCUUAUUCAGAGAAAGUGUCCGGGUUGCAGCUGGCUCUUUUCUGGGGGUCAGAGGUCAACUUGGUGGAUUAUGAAGGACGUUCGGCUCUGAUGGUGGCUGCUGAGAAUGGCCAAACAUGUGCUGUUGAAGUCCUCCUUCAGCAGGCCAAAGCAGAUCUGUCACUCCUGGACAUCAACAACAACACAGCACUACACCUGGCCUGCAACAGAAGUCAUGAGAUGUGUGCGCUGCUGAUUCUGGCUGAGAUCGACGAUCCUUCCCUCAUCAACGCUACAAACAGUGCACUACAGACGCCGCUCCACCUUGCAGCGCGGAACGGUCUGGCCACCGUGGUUGAGGUGCUCCUGAGUCGAGGUGCUACUGUACUGGCUGUAGAUGAAGAAGGUUGCACUCCGGCGUUGGCGUGCGCGCCGAACAAAGACGUGGCCGAGUGUCUGGCGCUGAUCCUCUCCACCAUGAAGCCUUUUCCUAUUAAAGAUGCCGGCAUCAGCGUGUUAAAGCACUGCAGCAUCGCUGCCAACCAUCAUCCUUUACCAAACGGCUACGCCAAGGAGCGCCAUGGCACCGUAGGGCUUGACAGCUGAGACACACACACACACACACAUGCCUUUCUCACACCUCUAUACCAUCUAUAUAACCUACAGCCAUGUUACAAAGCCAGGAAUGUACCACUGUAUAUGUGGGGGUGGGGGGAGUAAAUUUCAGUGAACAGACCUGUGCAUAUGCAAAUAUUUGCUCCUUUUCACCUCAGCACCAUGAAGACAGCAUUUAAUUUGAUCGUUUUUAAAAUUUAUUUAUUUAGAUCAUGGGAAGGAUGCAAGAAUCUGUGUCUUCUCUGUUGAGAUAUUUUUUUUUUUUACCUGAGAUGGUAGAAUGAAGGUUGUCUACACAUUUCUACAAACACAAUUCUAAAGUCGCAGCCAUGACUGGGUGUCUCUUCGUUACGUCAUCUGCAUCACAUCAGACCUUCACCUUGAAUAUUUUAUUCGAAUAAAAUAAAAUAAAAAAACAAAACAAAACGAAACAAGACAAAAGUCUGGUGUGAGGUCUGGCAAACAAUUUGAGAGACCAUAGUUCCACCCUCUCAUUUGCUAUUGGCUCGCGCAUCCGACAUUUACAUAUUAAAGGGUUUAGAUUAUUAAUCUUGACGUAAAGCAAACUCAUAUUUUCUCCAGGGAUAAUUUAUUCCGUUCGAUGUCUGAUUGAAAUGCUGAUAACUGCGACUUCAGAAGGUUAAUGACUUUAAUUUGUUAAUUUUUUUAUUUCCUGAAUAUCUCUAAUGUUUUAGUGAAGUUCAGUGCCUCUGCUAAUGACGAGUGUGUCCUUACUGUCCGUUACACUCUUUUCUUUUUCUUUUUUUUUUAUUCUCAUUAAUUUAAAUGUUAAUCUCCUGCAAUUCUCCUAAUGAAAUGAGAGGAAAACAUCAACACACACACAUGCGCACACACACACACUCUCUCUCUGUGCAUCAGGUUCAAAUGGCUUCAUUCUUUAUUUAUAUACUUGUUAAUGCCUUGGUUUGCACUUUUAUUUUCCUCCAGAAGAUACCUGAAGUGUUUGUGAAGUAGGGCUGGCCCGAACAGCAUUUUACAGGAUUCGUGCUCACAAAGUAAAAAAAAAAUAUAUAUAUAUUUAUGUGUUUAUAUAAUUAGACAUAAUUACGUUCGUGUCUGCAGUUCAACAUAUAUCCAAUAGGGGGCGUAUACGAUGUAUUAAUAGUGUGUAUAUACAUACAGUACGUGUGACAGCACAAAUGAACUGAAGUCACACCGGGAGAUGUUUUUUUAAAUUAUUAUUUAUUAAUUUAUUUAUAUUAUUGCACAAACAUCAAUAACGUGAGCAUAAACAAAUAAUAAGUGAGACGCUGCGUCCGACGGUACGAUAUAUAAAGCUGUUGUUUGGCUAAAAACAUAUCAACAAACACUUGUUUACUUUCAGCGAACUUUAUGGCUACGAGAGUUGUACAGUUUCAGUAGCUGUCCAACAGAGACAGUUUUUCUCCCUAUGGCGUUUUUAAGCGAUAAUGCACUGGAUUUGGUUUAAAAAAAAUACUUUUAUAUGACUUAUUUGCUUGUAUUAGAUUAUCUGAGAUUCAGGGAUACGUAUCAACACGCUCGUGUGUGAUGUCUUUGGUCAUUAGUUACGGUUAUAUUUCUAAGUAGCACUAAAUAGAGGAACGAAUACCUGUAAAAGCGUCAUGAGCGAAUACCAGAGUGUUGGACUAUUUGGGCCAGCCCCGGUGUGAAGGUUUUCAGUCACUUGUGACUUUCUGUCAAAUACGACACACUACGUGGUUUUUUGUGUUUCAGGAUCGCUGCUAUAAUUACGCUGCCUUCGUCGAUUUCUCUUUGUUUUUGUUUAUUGUUUUGUUUUGAUCUUGUUUGUUUACGAGCAAUAAUCAUCCGAGCGAUUGCACAUUACCUCGUAACAGCUUUUCUGAAUACUGGCGCAGAAAAACUGGAAUAUUUGCACAGAGGACGGAGAAAACGUUUGCACACGGCGGUAGUCAAGUGUAUGUAAAAAUAAGACAAAUCGUAUAUUCAUAGUGUGCGCGUUCCGGUUAUAGAACAGAAGUGGUAAAGAGAAAAUAUAUAUAUUUUUAAACACCCAAGGGACAACUCCAUGCUGACGGUAUAAAUGAUAACUGUUCUACGAUCUUCAGAGUAACGAGCUUCUUUAAAGGGGUUUAUCAUCCUAGAUUAACAUCAUCUACAAAAAAAGAUGCUUAUAAAGUAAACUCCUGCCUUUUAGUCUUCGAACAUCACCUGAAUCAAGCCUUGAACUUCCUGUACGCACUAUUGCAUUGCAUUACACCACCUACACACAACGGUGUGUGUUUAGAAAGAAAAAAAACAUUCACACCAAGGCUUGAACCGUGACCCUCACACACACACACACACACACACACAUAUACUUGCCAUGUGACCUUCCACUCCCAGGUCACUGCUGAUUUACACCUGUAAAUAUAUAGACAUUUAAAUAUACCAGUGCUACAGCAGCAGUGGUGGUGUCGUGGGGUGUGUUGUCAUCAUUUGUGUGGGUCAAACCCCCAAAAAAGCCAGGUUUCUUUUCAUCAUUUGUUAAAUUCACACACACUUUUUUAUUUUAUUUUAUUUGGAAGGAAGUUACCUGGGUAGGCAGCAUAAAGAUAACGUUUUUUUGACGUCUUAAACAAGGAAGUCCAACAAUUCUGAAUCCGACGGUUCGGAUUCAUUACAGCCCGGUCGAUGUGCGUUAAGGCCUGAACAUUGUCGCUCAUACACACUUUAAGGAGUUAAACACAUCAUUAAGUGCAUGCACAAUAUGUUUAAAAUAAUCUGAUAAUCUAAUUCACGUGGAAUAAAAUCUAUCGAUCAGCGUGAUAUAGCUAACAUGAUUGAAAUAUAGUUAUUAUUUUGGACGACACUGGAGACUGUGCGUGUGUGCAAACGUUUAACGGUUACAACAAUGGACAGUACACAAGCGAGUUGUGAAAAUACCAUAUUGAAAAUGUUUACGUUUCUGGGGUUUGUGUGUGUGUGUGUGUUUUUUUUACUCCCCGUAAUUCUUGGGACGAUGCAUUACUCCUCCUUGAUUAGGGUUAGGAAUAUUAUGUAUACUCAGCUAUGUGCAAUAACACACAUAUUUAUAUAAAUACCUCAUAAAGGUAGCAAAGCCAGUGUGUGUGUGUAUUUGUCAUAAUGUAGAACUUGAAUGUGUGUAUAUGUGUACACAGACAUAUAUCUUAACACCAGGAGUCUCACAUAUAUUCCUGAACGAUGGAUUCCCAGCAGCACGGAGACUCUGAGAUUUACACUAAACGUCACGGCGGAAUAUUUCACUCAGCUGGUCUAAAGACGAUAAACAAAUACGACGUGUUAUGAUUAAAGUGUUCCACCAAAUUUCAAACAAGCACGAGAACCAUGUUGAUUUAAGUAUUUUUUUUUUUUUUUUUUACAUUUUAUUGAAAAUUAUCAGCCAAGUAGUGUUCUUUAGAUCAUUUGCCUUGCAUUAUUUAGCUGUUCUGUAUUUUUGUUUUGCCUUGAAGUAUUUUAUGAAGUAUUUUAAUUGAAUCUUCGACAAUCUGUAUUUAAAGGGCUUUUAAUAUGAACGUUACAAGUAUGUGUUCACGUAUUUGAGUGUGUGUGUGCUUUGGUGUUUUUUCCUCUCAUUACAGUACGAAUGAAUGCUCCUACAACAUACUACACUCAUUUAAAUACUCAAGGGCUUCUCAGAAACCGACGCCAUCUUUUCUUUAUCUGUGUUUCAAAAACACACACUGUGUUCUACACACUACACUUUGGAGUCUAAAUCAAACUGAAGUUUUGCACUAAAUGGGAAAAUCUUUUUUUUUUUUUGGAAUUCAGAACAGAAGGAAAGCACAUUUUAGUAAAAGAUAAAAACAUCAGCUGAACAAGAUACUAGACACUAGCUAACUGUAGCUACUAGCUAUCUAGACAGUAACUUUUCCCAUUUCAACAAAUUCAGUUCAUUUUUUAAUCAUUAAUUUGUUCCAAUCUGUUCGUCCUCAUCUGCUUUCUGUGGUUUGGGUUUUUCCACCUGGAAAGAUACGAGCACUUCAUGAGCGCUGCUUCUUUGUGAUUCUCGUAAAUGAGUUAACUAAUCUAGCUGCCUAAAUUGAAUUACGAUUCUUUCCGCACCACUAGGGGGCGUGGUUAUAGCAAAACACAGCCCUUUGAUGAAAAAAAUAGAAUCCCCCCCCACAGGAUGCUCUGCUGGCUCCGCCCCUUUCCCCGCUACCUAAAGCUACACAAUAAAAGCAUUCAGCCUUCUAAGCUUUAUUUAUCAGCGUGUUUUAAUAGUAAUGUGUAAUACUUUCUACAAUACACGCCACUGCACUAUUUUUUACUCCUUUAUAUUCAGCUCAUUAUACCUCAACUUCACACACACCAAGGAAAAAAUAAUCAGUACUUAUACGGUAGCUAAUGCGUUGAUGCUCUGUAGAACGCUAACAUGGCACAUGACGAAACGAGUGGGUGUGUUAAACAGUUAAAUAAAGUUCAAAGCUGCUGUAUCGUCUAUAAAUAUCACGUAUCAUGUUUUUUAAAAUGUAUUUGUUUUUUGUUUCUGUUGCUUUAAGCAGAAUUUAUUUUUGUGAGUGUGUAUAAUUAUACAAAAGAUCAUUUUAAGGCAUAUUUUAAGCAUUUGUAAUUAACACCUAUGCUGAAAGUUGGUGAUGGACUGAGGAUGAGUGAAAUGGGUAAAAAUACUACACCAUUUUGUCCAGAAGUUUUAUAAUUGUAAAUAUUUCAUGAACUGUCUAAUUACUCCUUACAGUAAUUAAAAGAUUUAUAAAAUCACAGACACCUGACGAGGACGAUUCAAGUGUAUCAUGAUGAUACUGUAUCACAUUAUCGCGAAAUCGUAUCAUUGUAUCGCCUCGCCCCAAACUUUUACUCCAGCAAACAUUUGAAAAUGAGAACGUUGAUUUGAUUUGAUGGCCAUUUAUUUAUUUAUUUAUUUAUUUAUUCUGGUGCACUUUUUUCGAAAGAAAUAAAGAGUUACUUGUAGGGCCGGGCGAUAUAUUGAUAUAAUAUCGAUAUCGUGAUAAAUGAUUGCGCGAUACACUUUUCUGAGAUAUCAUCGGUACGGUGAUGUAUUUUUUAAAGUUUGUAAUAGUAAACGGUACUGAACGGAUGUCGGAGGUUUUACGUUUUUUUUUUUUUUUUUUACACGUAAUCUUUGUCUUUAUACACAUUAAAGUAUCGUCAAACUCGGUUUAGCAUUUUUUGGUUUAUUAUAUUGCUGUUUUGCAGACAGUUUGUUAGCUAAAUUAUAUAUCGUGAUAUGCAUGGUAUAUCGUAGAAACUUCCUGGAGUACUCUACCAACUCAUGACUGAUGGUGGAUUUUAGUUUAAUCGAUGGCUUGUGGUUGUUUAAUGUGGCCUCAAAUUCCUUGAACUCAUCUUCGGAGUAAGUCCAUACUCCCCAGAUAGAAUCUAGAUAUCUAAAAUAGUGAAGGGGCUGUUUGGGGCAUCCGGCUAAGGCUGAAGCCUCCCAUUCUGUCAUAAAAAUGUUGGUGUAGGCUGGGGAAAACGUCUUGCCAAGUGCCGUGCCUUUGAUUUGUAGAAGAAAUUCCCCGUUAAACUCAACGCGUUAAUAUAUUUUUUCACAUACAGGAUUUGGGUUAUGUCUUUGACCAUGGGUACAGUGUCUAAGUAGAUAGGUUUGUCCAAUUUUCUGUAAUAUUUGGGGUCGUUCAAUUGUUUGGAUCCCUCCCAUAAAUAUUGUUCCUGGUCCAAUAUUAUGAUUGAACUCCCUUUGUUUGCAGGUUUCAUGACAAUCUGUUUAUUGUGCUGUAGUUGUUUAAGAGCGUCAGUUUCCUCUAGGGUAAGGUUUGGCUGUUCCUGGGACAGUCUAAAACAUUUUUAAAAACGUUUUAGAUCCGUUUCAAAUAAUGUGCGUUCUGUGGGUAGUUUGUCUGCAGGUGGGGUCCAUUCAGAUUUGGGUGUGAAUGGAGAGGGAUUUGAAUCUGUGUCGUUUAGGAAAUAAGCUGCCAAUUUGAGUCUCCUGUGGUACUGUUGUAGGUCGAAUCCUGUUUGUAUUUCAUGUUAUUUUCUGCCCGUUCUGCCCGAUGGAAUAAAUGUCAGACCCUUGUCGAGCAGGCUUUUUGUCCUAUCGCCCAGCCCCUGGUUACUUUGUGGAUUUCGUUGCCCGUUAGUGUGAAUGCAGGGACAGAUUUAAAUAACUCUAGUUCUCUUAGACGUAGAAGUCGGCAUCAAGCCUUUAAUAUGGCCGGCGUCUGAGUAAAACCGAUCAACCAGCCAUGUAGCAACCUUAAACUGUUAGAGAUACGUGUUACUGAGUGAUGUUUUGUGUUAUCAAGUUCGCACACAGCUACAUGUCGAUAAUCACGGUACUCUGUUAAAUCCUAGUCAGAUUUGAGAUCCUCUAAAAAGGAUUUUAGAGAGUUCAGUGAGUUGCAGAAGUUGUUUUUCCACCCGGUGAUACAAGUUAUUAUUUCGUGUUAGAGAAGAUCAGCGGACGUCUGUCGUUCUACUGAAAGACGUUGGAUUUGGAUCUGUAGCGGCUCCUUUGCUCGCGCCUCCUGAUUCCCGUUUAAAAGAUUUUUUUUUUGAAUUUGGAAAUUGCCUAAUUUUAUCUAACAAGCAAUAAAGUCAGGUAACAAAUAAUGAUGUAAAUACUGAAGGGGGGGGGGGGGGGGGGGGGGUUAGUGACAUCUGUAUGACUGUUUUCACACUCAGCCACAGAGUGAUGUUAUUUAUAAGAGUCCUACAAUAAUACAGAAAAGUGCUGAACAGCGUCAAACGUUCGACGUCCCGACCAAUCAGGUGACAGUUUAGAAGCGAGUGUUAGGAGCUGCUUCCUUCUUUCCCAUAUCAGUAAAAAAAAUGUAAAUAAAUUUCUGCCCAAUUCCUAAAGCAAUUAUUUAUUAACGUGUGCUUUUUUCUUUCUAUCUUUAACCUGUCAAUACGUGUGCGUGUGCUGAAUUAUUCAAAGAGGUCAGAGAGAAGACAGAUCUUAACCGUGUUUUUAUAACUGUCCGUGUGUGUGAAUGAAUAACAGGAGUUUCAUGGAUGCAGUAGUACAGUGUAGUCUGAGGCGUGGUUGUACGGUGUACACGUGACCUUGCACUGCCUUUAACGAGUUGCCAAGAGAAAAAAAACAGCAAAGGUGUGGUGACGGAUUAAAAAGCAGAAGGUGGGUGGAUUUGUACGUUUCCACCGAGCCACAUCAUACGGAAACGUCAAAAGUGUGUGCCACACUUUCUGAAACUGGCUGAAAUUUGCACUAAAACAGGAAGUUGCGUGAUUAAUAAAAUAAUGUCUCAUUAUUGAGAUGUGUAUUUCUGGUCGCUUUGUUGUUUUUCCUCUUUGCACGGUGGGACAUGUUUAGAUUUUUCUCUCUUUAUUCGUAAUUAUUCCCGGUGUAGUACCGUAAAGUAAUAACGUAGGCAUGUGUCGAUAAUUAGUUAAUACGGUUUGUGUGAAUAUCAAUGAGGGAAAAAAGAGCAAAUGAAUUCAGCAGACUUUUUAUGUCUAUUCAAUAUCAAUAGGAAACCCAUAUACAGUAUGACCGUUGCUAUGGCAACAUCUCAGAGAGCGUAAUUCAUGCUGCCUGUUUCUACGAAUAUUUACCCCACCGCUUUCAUCCGUGGAGCUGGAGGCGGGGCUUUACUGAGCUCUGUUUCUGACUGGUGCGUCGGUUUUCAAAGCGCUCCACCAAUCACAGAGCUUUCGGAUCUGCGUCAUUAAUUAAUUAACCAAUUACUGAAAUAAGUUAAAAAAUUCAGCAAGAAAAGACAUUGUGCUACAUGAAUCAGGAUACAACACAUCUGCGUUUUUGCUAAGCACACAAGCACGUAAAUAGAGACGGUUAUUUAUUUCAGCAGCUACUUCAGUGUUUCAUGUCAGAAUCAUUAUUUCAAAGAGAGGAAGAAACACAGCUCCCCUGUUUAUUUUUUUAAAUAUAGUAAACAGUUUGAAAUACUUUGAAAAAGAUACUUUGACAUAGAAAGUUUACAAAUGAAAACGUGUCCCUUAAAUACUUUAUUUCUGAAGGAUAAACUGUCAGUACUGGAUUUUGUAAGUUAUUUUGGGAAAAAUCCCACAUUUACCUCUAUGGACAUUUUGUGUCCCCCUAUACUUGAAGAGUUAGUUUAAGGCAAUAACACUUCUUGUUUUGUAUUUUGGAUCAAAUUUAUUUGUAAUUUGCCUUAGAAGUAAAAACGUAGAUGCAAAUAUCGACUGAGAAGCUGAAAACAGCCAAUUGUAAGGCUCGGUACCACCCCCAAGGGAGCACAGCCAAUCGUAAGAUAAAUAAAGACGUGUUCUAGCAUCAGAUUAUUUUGCUGCACUUUCACACUUAGUCCAGUACCGAGUCUAAAUCAGAACUAAACUGAUUUUUUAUUGGUUUAGUGUAGGGCUGAAAACGUCCUCAUAAAUCUUUUCCAUUUUUUGUUCAGAAGUACAGCAAUAGAAAAAAAUAUAAACAAACCUUUACAAAUGAAGUGCAUGUAGAACUCACAAAACUCACCCGAGCACGGAGAACAUGGAGAACACAGAGCCGGAGCUUAAAUAGACGAUGAGAUAAUUACGUAAAUAAUGAGUUUCAAAAACUUUGUGUGUCACAUCCGCAGUGUUUAUUGUCUCUGUUUUGUUCGUAAGUCCAAAUCUCCAGGAGGAGAACACACCAGGGUUCUGUUGAAACUCACUUCACACUGACUCACUUCACACUGACUCACUACACACUCAUUUCACACUGACUCACUUCACACUGACUCACUACACACUCAUUUCACACUGACUCACUACACAAUCACUUCACACUGACUCACUACACACUGACUCACUACACAAUCACUUCACACUGACUCACUACACACUGACUCACUUCACACUGACUCACUACACACUGACUCACUUCGUACUCACUUCACACUGACUCACUACCCAAUCACUUCACACUGACUCACUUCACAAUCACUUUACACUGACUCACUUCACAAUGACUCACUACACAACACAAUCACUUCACACUCCCUUUACACUGACUCAUUUCACACUCACUUUACACUGACUCAUUUUACACCGAGUCACUUCACGCUCACUUUACUCUGAACGAUAAAAUUGGACUUAGAAUUCUGGUGAUGUUUUGUUUAUCUAGUUGGAAAAAUGUAUUUUAAAUGUAGGCUGUAAUUUUACACAGCCUCACACACACACACACACACACACACACACACACACACACACACACACACACACACACACACAGAGCCAUCCUUCAGCUCAUUCAUGAAACUUGCUGUUGAUUUGUGUGUGCUGAUCGCAGGAACCAAGAUGUGUUUGGAAAGUGUGAUAUAAAUGAAAUAACUCUGUUAUUAACCUGCAGACUUCUUUUUUUUUUUAACCGCAGCAUUAAUGUUUGUUUUUAUACCGUCUGAUGUAGACGAUGACUUUUUUCUGUGGCUUGGAACUGAUUUAAAUAAACAGCGGAUGCUUAA